GGCUGGUGUCGCUGCGCAGGGUUUCGUAGGAGCAGCCGAGGUGAUGGCCACAGACAAGUCUUGGAGCAACUGGCCGAAAGCAAGUUGAGCCACCGUUUCACACUGCAGUGUCCCAGACGCCGCCCCGCCUAGGCGUCAGCUAGGCAGGGGUCGGCAGAUUUCAGCUUCAAGGGUUCGCCUGGCGCUACAGUCUUGUUUUUAUUCACUUGCGGCUGUCAGAGACCAUCUCAGACCAUCUCAGAUCCAUUUUCCAAGGCAAAGUGGGCCGUGGAAAGCUCGCGUGGCCGAAACUUUGCGAUAGCAUGGCCAAGGAGGAGGCGCGACGAGACUCGGGCUUGGGCGCCUCGCAGACGGCAGAAGUGGCAUAUUUGGAGAAGAUGGGCUUGGAGUAUGAAGAGCAUGACAUCACGGAAUUUGAAGCAUUUCUUCAAAAGAAAAGCCACCAACACCACCAGGGGCCAAUUCAUUUCAAGACCUCCGCCAUGGACGACGUUCCCACCACGCUGGUGCUGCCCUCGGAGGAAGGGAAGGACGCGAAGGACGCCUCGCCGCCGCUGGCCGUGCAGCGGGACUCGCGGCGGAGUGUGAGGUAUACGCUGGCACGCAUCGUGGCCAAUUUCUGUUUUGGCACGCUGGCCCAAUUGAUUGCACUUCGUGCGAGUCUGCACUAUGGGAAUCAUGAUUGGCCACUCUUGUUCACUUUCUGUGUCUUGGAUGGCGUAUUGAGGCCCCUCAUCAGUGGCCUUGGAGUGUACUGCUUCCUCCGCAGAAACACCCGCUUUUCUUCCAAGUCGUGGCUACACAUUUGGGGCCGUCGUGCUAUGUUCUACAUCGCAAUUUGUUUGGCAGACGACAGCAUCAUCUAUCAAUCCAUGGCAACCAUCCUGACGCUUGAUUCACCGAACCUUUAUAUGACCGUCAUCUUCUUUGUAUUCUUUUUCUACGUCUUGGCAAACCUCUUGCAGAUGCAAACGACGAACCAAAAACUCAGAGUGCUGGGUUUUCGUUGUCUGAGCACCAUGUGCGAGGUGCUCACUCUCGUUUCCGUGGCUGGCAUGCUGAUCUUGAUUAUCGCUUUGGUGUACUACAUGUUUUCACCCUUUUUGCCUCUUCCAUUUCUUCUGAUGGGCUUGAUCCCCUUGGGCUUAGUCGUUUUACUUCAAAGUCUCUGCUUGAUCUGGAUCGCCAGCAUGGCUCUGUGCCGUGCCAAACGUGAAGCAGGCGUUUUGGGUGCUAUUUCCUGCUUGUACCUGAAUGCGUUGCUGGCUCUUCUUGGGCCAGGUUUGAGCAUUGGCUCUGCCUUGUCCUUGAUCUCUACUCGUGGCCUUCUCUUCGCUUCUCUUUCUCCUGCUGGAGUGCUCUUCUCGAUGAUCCCGACUCUGGAUGUGGGGCUCCAGACCCUGUUCGUGCUACUGAUGUGCGGCAUGAUUGGCCCAAAAGGAUGGGAUAGACCGAUGGAGACCUUUCGAAAGCUGGCGGAUCUGUCCGGCUUUGGCUUGGCGGCCAAGAGGAUUGCCUUUCCAGGCAAGAUCAUUUUAUCCGCACUGGAUUGCAUCGUGUCCUUUCCGGGCAAGUACAGCAAGGAAUGGGACGCCGCUGUGUCAUCGACGCAGCAGGGGAACGGAUGCUCACUGGCAUGCGUCUUUCUCACAGACCGCGCUUCAGGAUUGGCAGACAAUCCUGAUACACCAGGACGGUGUUGGUGUCACACCAUUUACGGCGAGUUGCCACUAGAUACCUACCUGAUGGUGAUUGAUGUGCACGAUGAAACCAAUGGACCCAUCACUGAAGAAGUCUUGGCGUUCAAGAGAGCCGAUGCUGCUGCCAUGGGAUUGGUGUUGGUCAUCAAAGAGGACCAAACAGAGCUUGAGUGGGAGAGUGAGCUCAACCAGGCAUUGAAGAUUGCGGAGGAGAGGUGCAGGCAGAACGGAUGCAGAGCACCUUGGGGAUGCUCCUGGUUCGAAGAGUGGAGGAAGAACGUCGAGGAGGCUAUGAGGCUUGGGCAAAAAUUGCACGUGUUCUACUUCGAAGGCAAAGUGGGCCGUGGAAAGCUCGCGUGGCCGAAGCUUUGCGAUAGCAUGGCCAAGGAGGAGGCGCGACGAGACUCGGGCCUGGGCGCCUCGCAGACGGCAGAGGUGGCAUAUUUGGAGAAGAUGGGCUUGGAGUACGAAGAGCACGACAUCACCGAAUUUGAAGCGUUUCUUCGAAAGUGUCUCGGUGCCACACCUGGGCCUCGCCGCGCGCGGGUGUCCACCCCGCGCCGAACCGCGGCGCCACCUGCGCAGCCUCCAUGCACUGAGCCGCUGAGCCCCGCCGUCGAACAACUCGGGCGACGGCGACGGGCUCCAAAGCCGAAGGCACACACCUUCAAGGUGACGGUAGGCUAUGUGCAAGGCUCUCCACCGCCCUACCACGAGCUGCUGCAAGGCGACGGGAACCUCCCGUUGUGGCAAGUCACCUGGCGCCCGCGGCACCGGCGCCUGCCGUGCUUCGACGUGCCGAAUGACCUGCUCCGCCACGAGGCGCUCCCAGAAGCGUGGGCUGAGCUGUGGAUGGCACCUAAAGGGGCCAAACGGCGCUUGGAACGCUUGGCCGAAGAGACAGACCUGCUGGUGGCUCCGCUCGACGGCUUUGUGCACGCCGUGAUGCUGGAGGAGCAUCAGCCGCAGGGUGGCACCUUGGAUGAUGCCCAAAGCAGUUGGGAUCCCUGGGCGGAAACGCCUGCGGCUUCCGUGCCGGGCAUCUGGUGGGCGCGACUGGCGCCGGGAGAGGUGCUGCGGGUGCCAAGAACCUGGUGGCUGACGCUGCGUGCGGCCAGUCCUUGCAGCGUGCUGCUGCGGCACCUGGUGCCGCCGAAGCCGACCGCUCCCACGGCGUUGGCCUUCGCGGCGCGACAAGGGCGCAUGGCGCAGGCGGCCGCGCAGCAACGGCUGCCCCAGCGGCAGAGCGCCCGCGGCGCGCUCUAUCGGCGCGGCGCCGCGGCCGCGGCGGGCGCCGGGCUGUGGGCGGCGAAGGUGCCAGGCCAGCGGUGGCCGGUGGUGCCCGAGGCGUGGUAUGUGGCCCACUUCACCGUGAGCGAUCAGGAGGGUGCUCUGCUGGCGUCGACGGAACUGGGCCCCCCGCGGCUGCUGUGUGCGUCGCGGAGUCGCGCGCCGCAGAGAGCGCAGCCGUGGUCGGCGAAGCUGGCGGGUGCCGCGGUGGCGCUCCUGGGUGGCAGCGGCGUGUUGCUGCCGCAGCUGGUUUGCGCGUUGACGCCGAAGGGUGCACCGCCUGCUGCGCUGAAGGGCGUGCUGGUGGAGAUCUCGGUCGAUUCCCAUGUGGUUGCCAUGGCUCGCCAGCUCUUGCGCGCUCCUUCUGUCGCGCCCGCGGAUGGCAGCUGGGUGGACCUAUCGUGGUGGAAACUGGCAGAUGGCCCGCCACCUGCAGGCGUUCCACCCUAUGACGUCGCCACGGAGGAUGCGAUUCUACUGGCCGGGGAUACGCGAGGUGCCCUGGACGGCUUCGAGAACGCCGGCGAGAGCGACGUCUUUGCGAUGAAGUUCGACGCAGCGAGCGGCGAGCUGAUCUGGACGCUGCAGCGAGGAUGCAACAGCUAUGAUUUCACGCUGGCCUUUGUUCGGGAUCCAUUUGAUGAUCUCAUCUUGGCCGGCUACACAGGCAGUUCGCUGGAUGGCCACUCGCUUGAAGCGAAUCUCCAAGAGUUCCAAGAGGUGGGCGAUGGUUCCUUGAUGUUCCUUGAGAUCCAGAUUUCCACUUGA